AUGAUGGCGGAGCAGGUGAAAUGCGCCUCGGCGGGGGGCGGCUCCGGAGCAGGCUCGGGGCCGGUGGUGAACGCGGAGCUGGAGGUGAAGAAGCUGCAGGAGCUGGUGCGCAAACUGGAGAAGCAGAACGAGCAGCUGCGUAGCCGGGCGGCCACUGCGGCCGCCGCCCCGCACCUGCUGCUGCUACCGCCGCCGCCGCCCUCCGCGCCGCCCCCAGCCGGGGCCUGCAGCCCGUUGGGUCCACGGAGCCCCCCGGCCGCUGCGACCUCCACCACUGCCCCGGGGGGUCUAGGCCCUGCGUUCCCGGGAACCUACUGCCUCCCCAGCCCUGCGCCCUCCCUGCUCUGCAGCCUGGCACAGCCUUCGGAGGCGCCCUUCGUCUACUUCAAGCCGGCGGCGAGCUUCUUUGGCCCGGGCAGCGGCAGCUCAGAGCCAGGGGGCGCGGGGACGCCUCCGGGGGAAGCCUCCGUGCCGCCCUCGCCGCCCCCCACCCUGCUAGACGAGGUGGAGCCGCUAGACCUGGAGAGCAUAGCAGCUUGGCGGGACGAGGACGACUACACCUGGUUAUACGUUGGCUCUUCAAAGACAUUCACCUCAUCAGAGAAAUCCCUGAAUCCUUUGCAGUGGUGUAGACACGUCCUAGAUAACCCGACUCCUGAGAUGGAAGCAGCCAGACGUUCCCUGUGCUUUAGACUGGAGCAAGCUAGCCGAUGGCGGAGUCUCUUCUCUUCAACGGCCUCACUGGCUUUUCCUUAUAGUCCAGUUGCAAGACUCAGCCCUUAUAGCAAUGGCAUUAAUACUCCCAGCUUCUCUAAAACCUCAAAUAAAGCAAUACUAACACCUGAAAGAACAGGUUACAACUCCAGGGGCUCCCCUCUCAGUCCCCAGUCAUCUAUUGAUAGUGAGCUGAGUACUUCAGAACUGGAAGAUGAUUCCAUCUCCAUGGGAUAUAAAUUACAGGACCUCACUGAUGUUCAGAUCAUGGCUCGUCUGCAAGAAGAAAGUCUCAGGCAAGAUUAUGCAUCCACUUCAGCAUCUGUGUCGAGACAYAGUUCCAGUGUGUCGCUGAGUUCAGGAAAAAAAGGGACAUGUAGCGAUCAAGAGUAUGAUCGAUACAGUGUGGAGGAUGAAGAAGAAUUUGAUCAUUUGCCACCACCUCAGCCCCGUCUUCCAAGAUGUUCACCUUUCCAAAGAGGCAUUCCCCACUCACAGACUUUCUCCAGCAUUCGGGAUUGUAGGAAGAGCCCCAGUUCCCAGUAUUUUCCUUCAAAUAAUUACCAGCAACAACAGUAUUAUUCACCUCAAGCCCAAACUCCAGAUCAGCAACCAAAUAGGACCAAUGGAGAUAAGCUCCGAAGAAGUAUGCCUAAUCUAGCCCGGAUGCCAAGUACUACUGCUAUUAGUAGCAAUGUUAGUUCUCCAGUCACCGUGCGGAACAGUCAGAGUUUUGACUCAAGCUUGCAUGGAGCUGGAAAUGGAAUUUCAAGAAUACAAUCUUGUAUUCCAUCACCAGGACAGAUUCAACAUAGAGUCCACAGCGUGGGACAUUUCCCAGUGUCUGUCCGGCAGCCUCUUAAAGCCACAGCCUACGUGAGUCCAACUGUUCAAGGCAGCAGUAACAUGCCUUUAUCCAACGGCUUACAGUUGUAUUCCAGCACAGGAAUCCCUACCCCCAACAAAGCUGCAGCUUCUGGGAUCAUGGGCCGCAGCGCACUUCCAAGACCUUCAUUGGCAAUAAAUGGGAGUAACCUGCCUCGGAGCAAAAUUGCACAGCCUGUUAGAAGUUUCCUGCAGCCUCCAAAGCCUCUGUCUUCACUCAGCACACUGAGGGAUGGAAACUGGAGAGAUGGUUGCUACUGAUGCAGUUUUAUGUACCCUUGAAGAAUGGGAAAGAAGUGAAAAAUGAGGGUUGUGUUACCUAGCUGGCUGGGUAACGGCGGACGUUGGGAUAUUCUUUCCCUUUUGCAUUUUAACAUAUGUCCUGCGUUGUUUUUCAAUGGACCAAUCACCAGAGACUAAUUAUUGCACUUAAAUAUUUGCCUGAGAUACUGCAACAUUCUCAAACCCGUGGUUGCAGUAUUGUGACACUUAGAUCUAGGAAGUUUUUGUAGAACUGCUCUGUACCUGAAUACUUUUUGAGAGAACUGAAAUGUAUCAAUAAUGCUUUGCCAUAUGAGGUUUUUUUUUUUUAAAGUAACUUGUUCAAUUUACUUAAGUGUUCUAAACAUCUUUCCAUUACAUGUUCUGUAUUUUAAUACAUUGCAUAUUUACAACUAGGUUCUAUAACAUAUGCUUUGAAUUUUACUUUUUUAUAGUUUACAGGAAUUUUAUUUUUUGUGCCUAUUUCUUUUUACACCUAUGUGAACCACUAUGGAACAACUUAAAUUUUGUGCCAUAAAAAUAUUUUUGUGGUAAGGUACUAUUUUUUUAGCUCUAGGAAUAUAUCAGCAAAAAUACAUCAUACAAUUUGGGACACAAUUUUAUGUUGAAUGAGCACAACAUGAUCUGAAGUGUUGCAAAGAGAUAGCCAGACAGCAGAGUUAAAGCGUCUUGUCUUUUUCAUUGUUAAUUUAUUGUCGUCCAUGGAUUUCAUAUUUAUAAUGGCAUCACAAGCUCAUUGCACUUAAUACCUGCAAUGUUUGCUACUAUACCACAAUUGAUUUUUCAAUACUUUAUUACAAAAGAUGAAACUGUAAUGUUUUAUUAACAAUGCUUCUGGAAAUGAAUGCAUUUUAAAGCAAAUAAACCCUUUUGAUAGACCUUUUACAAAACCCAUUUGCACUAAUGAAUGCUUUCUUAUGGUAUAUGACUUAAUAUUUGUUACUGUGUACACUGCUGUUUUGGAAUGUUCAGAAAUAAAGACUCUAUUUCAGC